AUGGUGGCCACCACUGGUGACUUGCCUUACUUCGCAGCAAGUAGGCCGAGUUCGGCCACACACCAUGCCCCGGGAAUGCCCCCACCACUGAGACACAAGCCCCCAGGGCCAUCACCAAGGAGUGGUGCCCCUGGACCACUGACUGGUCCUACCUCAGGACCGCCAGCUGGCUACGCCCCUCGACCUCCAGUUGGUCCUGCCCCCGCCCCUGUGAAGUCGCGCGUGCAGCAGGCCUACGAGCACAUUGACAAUGACGAGUCAGAGUUGGAGCCGUCCAUAACAGAUGGCGACAAUGAGCCCAACGACGCUGAGGUCCAGCGGCUCAACAAGCAGUGUCAGAGGAACUGCGGCCUGAUGAACUUUCCCAGGCAAGAAGCAUCGAGGAGCGACGACAAGGAGAAGACAGUGCCGUGGCUGUCGGACACCAAUAAUGAUGUCUCACCGGCCCCGCACAACUGGCCUGAUACGUUCCCCCUACCGGUCAACACGCAGCCGUGGAAGGCGACCGAGUGGUACAACUUUGUACCCCGGUACGUCCGUGACUCGCAGCGCCUCAUUGAUGCAGCCCAUGGGGGCGACAAUGGCGCAUGCACCCAGGUGACCGACCUCAUCCGGCAGAUGCACAGCUCCGGAGUGAUCUACCCGCCGAUGGCUCCACCUCCUCGUAGGAUGACCAACCCCACCAGCUCAUCGACGUUCAACGAGUGGGUGGCGUGGUAUGCACAGAACCCGAGCCAGGUUCACUGGGCCAUCAGGCACUUGAACAAUAACCGCUCGGAGGCCCCCCUACACCAGGACCUGGAGGCAAUGUGA